AAUGGCCGAUUCAGAAUGACGGGUCGCAUCUGCUGUGCAAGCUAGGUUGAAUUUGCUUUAUUUCUGUAAUUACAUUCCAGCAGCGAAGCCGUUAGUAAAUACAUUCUGUGGGAAUAUUACGUGUCACAAACGAUGUCCAUUUGAUGUGUUUGUGAAGUAAACGAAGCACUGUAUAUUAUUUUUUCAUUCGCAGCAGCUUUUAUCGUUGGCAAUCAAACCAAGUGCAGACAUGUCCUCAGUCAUCGUAGCAAAACGAGAGGGACCACAGUUCAUCAGCGAGGUCGCUGUGAGGGGCAACGCCGCCAUGCUGGACUACUGUCGGACGUCUGUGUCGGCUCUGUCCGGGGCAACAGCGGGCAUCCUUGGGCUCACAGGACUGUACGGAUUUAUCUUCUAUUUCCUCGCCUCGUUUCUACUCUCCCUUCUUCUAAUCCUCAAGGCUAGUCGCAGGUGGAACAAGUGCUUCAAGUCUCGGAGGAUGCUCUUCACAGGAGGGCUCGUUGGAGGUCUUUUUACCUACGUCCUGUUCUGGACCUUCCUCUACGGAAUGGUGCAUGUGUACUAAUAUAGCUGACCAGAAUGAUUUUGGUUUUAACCCUAAUGUCAGAGAAAUGAAUAUUAACUGCCCACACACUGUUUGUAGAUAUAGGUGAUUGAUGAAAUAUGUUAGAUUAACUGUUUAUAUUGGAUUUGAUUUAGAUUAACUGUUUAUACAGCUAUGUGAAGUACACUAUAUACAAAAGUAUGUGGACACCCCUUCAAAUUAGUGUAUUUGGCCAUUUAAAUUUUUUGGUGAAGUGGAAACGUCUAGGAGCAACAACCGCUCAGCUGUGAAGUGGUAGGCCACACAAGCUCACAGAACGGGACCGUCGAGUGCUGUAACAUGUAAAAAUCGUCUGCCCUCAGUUGCAACACUCACUACAGAGUUCCAGACUGCCUCCGGAAGCAACAUCAGCACAAACUGUUUGUCGGGAGCUUCAUGAAAUGGGUUUCCAUGGCCGAGCAGCUGCACACAAGCAUAGUGCCAACUAUAAAGUUUGGUGGAGGAGUAAUAAUAGUCUGGGGUGUUUUUGGGGGGUUCGGGCUAGGCCCCUUAGUUCCAGUGAAGGGAAAUAUUAACGAUUCUGUGCUUUGAACUUUGUGUCAACAGUUUGGGAAAGGCCCUUUCCUGUUUCUGCUUGACAAUGCCCCCUGUGCACGGUCCAAACAGAAAUGAUUUGUUGAGAUUGGUGUGGAUUGAAUUUGACUGCCCUGCACAGAGCCCUGACCUCAACCAAAUCAAACACCUUUGGGAUGAAUUGGAAUGGCGACUGCGAGUCAGAUCUAAUCACCCGACAUCGAUGCCUGACCUUACUAAUGCUCUUGUGGCUGAAUGGAAGCAGGUCCCCGCAGCAAUGUUCCAACGUCUAGUGGAAAGCCUUCCCAGAAGAGUGGAGGCUGUUAUAGAAGCGAAGGGGGGGGGACCAACUCCAUAUUAAUGCCCAUGUUUUUGAAAUGAGAUGUUGGACGAGCAAGUGUCCACAUAAGUUUGGUCAUGUAGUGUAUAAGUCAGCAACUCUAUUUGUAUACUAAUAAAAUAUUUAUCUCAUGCACUGAA